AUGCUUCAUGACGGUGGCAGCGUUGGUGGCAGCGGCGGUCAUGAAAGCCAAGAGGCACCACCGGGGGCUGAGGAGGAGUGCUGUCAACGAGAGGCCGCACGGCGCUUUCAGACCCCAAGAGCGGCGAAGUGCUGGGCCAUGUACUGUGCAUUUCUUGCCAAUCCUGGGGUGAAGUGUCCAAGUUUCUUGGAUCAUCUUGGUUUUGCGUGCGGUAUCUGUGGCCAGCAUUUCGACAUAUCGGUUGUCUUGCAAUACUUGGACAUGAAUCGAAGAAGACGGUCGAAGCAGACGGUUUGGGACGUUUGA